CGCUAUAGUUUUGUAUUUAUAUGUGAUCUGUAGUACAAAGCUACGAGAGAGUAAGUGGAGUGAGUAGAGUGAGUAGAGUAGUCAAAUAUCGUUCGGUUAACAAAGCGCUUGUUGAGAGAUUCUCUAAAUUUUUAUUAAACUUUAGAGAACAGUGUAAAACGACCAAUAAACUAUGGCUCGUACGAAGCAAACUGCCCGUAAAUCUACUGGAGGAAAGGCACCCAGAAAACAACUUGCAACAAAGGCAGCCCGUAAAAGUGCACCUUCUACUGGAGGUGUAAAAAAACCACAUCGUUACAGACCUGGAACUGUAGCACUUAGAGAAAUCAGAAGAUAUCAAAAAUCUACUGAAUUGCUGAUAAGAAAAUUACCAUUCCAACGAUUGGUUCGUGAAAUUGCACAAGAUUUUAAAACUGAUUUGCGUUUCCAAAGUGCAGCUAUUGGUGCCUUGCAAGAAGCUUCGGAAGCAUAUUUGGUCGGAUUAUUUGAAGACACAAAUUUAUGUGCUAUUCAUGCUAAACGCGUUACUAUCAUGCCUAAAGAUAUUCAGUUGGCACGAAGAAUUCGUGGCGAACGUGCUUAAAUUACAAACAACUUGCAAUUUUUGUUUCAAUUCAUUUUAUUAUCAUGUCCUGGGACAUUAUCUUACAAAGUAAUUAAAUACAUCGCAAUUCA